ACACGUUUACAGACGCGCCCAGUUUACCGCUUCCGGUUCACCGUUGGCCUCUGUCAAACGAGUGAAACAAGUUUUGUUUCUAGCCAUACAUCACUCUUGGGAUAUGUCUAAUGCUUUGAGGACACUUACCACUGGAGUUUUUAGCGUGCAGAGAUCUGUGACCGUCCAGCCGCUCUUGCGUCCUGUGAGCGCCGUUAAGAUCCGAGGACAACAGAGGAGCCGGAGUGAUGGAGUGAAGGGCAGUGAGAGUCAGGCGUUUGAUGUGUCCCUCCUUGAGUUUCUUGUGUGUCCACUGUCCAAAAAACCCUUGAGGUAUGACGAAAGGAGCAAUGAAUUAAUAAACGAAGAGCUUGGCAUUGCAUAUCCCAUCAUUGAUGGUAUUCCUAACAUGAUCCCACAGGAGGCACGAAUGAUCCAUAAGACCGAAGCGACUGAAAAACCCACUGAAUCUUGAGUUUAUAAAGCAAAUAUUCAUUUUCUGCCACAAUGUUUUUCUCCCUGUCUACAGUAACUGUUCUUGUGCCAUUGAUAUCUUUGUCUGGACUGUUUUACUCGGCGACCGUGGACGAAAAUUUUCCCCAAGGCUGCACGAGUGCAAGCAGCGUGUGUUUCUACAGCCUGCUGUUGCCAGUAACUAUUCCUGUUUAUGUUUUCUUCCACCUUUGGAAGUGGAUGGGAAUCAAAUUAUUUAGACACAAUUAGACUGUAGCUUCCUUUUUUAUUCCCACACAACAUGAGACGAUUUAAAUUUUUUGAACAAUGUUUGUUUGUUAACAGUGCACAUUGAAGAUUCAUAUACAAGAACAUUUAACUGUAUGUAAACAAUGAAGCGAACAACGUAAAAAUACACAAUAAAACUGCAAAUACCAAA